CCCCGUCCUCCACAGUCCAAACCCUCCCUUUCUCUCUCCUCUCUCUUUCUCUCUAUCUCUCUCUCUCUCCAGCCAUGGCUGACACUGCAACUGCCGAACCAGUAGCCUUUCCAAAGAAGCCGAAGAACAGCCGGAAGGCCCUGAAAGAGAAGAACGCCCCCGUCGACACCGACCUGCCGCCGACCUCGGCGUGCCCAAUCCCUCCACCGAUGUUGACGGAUGAUCCGACGAAGGAGAACCACGAGAGCCUGUCGCAGCCAAAGAAGGGAAAAUCGGGCGCCGCCGCGUCGAAGAAACAACAGCAGGCGAAGCAAUCUACGGCGGCAUCGGCGUCGUCGUUCGAGAAGGAGUUGCUGGAGAUGCAGGAGAUGCUUCAGCAGCUGAAGAUCGAGAAGGAGAAGACGGAGGAGCUUCUGAAGGAGAAGGACGAGAUGCUGAAGAUGAAGGAGGAAGAGCUCGAGACCCGAGGGAAAAAGCAGGAGAAACUCCAGGUUGAGUUGAAGAAAUUGCAGAAGCUGAAGGAGUUCAAACCCACCAUGACAUUCCCAAUUUUCCAAUCAAUGCAAGACAAGGAACAAGACAAGAAAGAGAAGAAGAAGAAACCGGAGAAGAAAAGGCCAUCUCCAUCAUACAUCUUAUGGUGCAAAGACCAAUGGAAUGAGAUAAAGAAGGAGAAUCCCGAGGCAGAGUUCAAGGAAAUUUCAAACAUUCUGGGGGCUAAGUGGAAGAAUAUUACUGCUGAAGAAAAGAAGCCUUAUGAGGAGAGGUACCAAGCUGAGAAAGAAGCUUACUUGCAGGUAAUCGCGAAAGAGAAGCGCGAGACCGAAGCGAUGAAGCUCUUUGAAGAUGAGCACAAGCAAAAGACAGCCAUGGAGUUGCUUGAACAAUACCUUCAAUUCAAACAGGAAGCUGAAAAGGAGAACAAGAAGACCAAGAAGGAAAAGGAUCCUCUGAAACCCAAACAACCCAUGUCGGCGUUUUUCCUGUUUACUAACGAGAGGCGAGCAACUCUACUGGCGGAGAACAAGAGUGUUACCGAAGUGGCAAAGAUCACCGGUGAAGAAUGGAAGAACAUGAGCGAGAAAAAUAGAGCGCCUUAUGAGAAGAAAGCGCAGAAGAACAAGGAGAAGUAUUUGCAAGAGAUGGAAAUCUACAAACAGAAAAAGGAAGAGGAAGUUGCCAGUCUCAGGAAGGAAGAGGCAGAGCAGAUGAAACUUCAGAAGCAAGAAGCCUUGCAACUGCUCAAGAAGAAGGAGAAAACUGACAAUAUAAUCAAGAAAACAAAGGAGAAUCGGCAGAAGAAGAAGAAGAAGGAGGUUGACCCCAACAAGCCUAAGAAGCCAGCUUCCUCGUACCUUUUGUUCAGCAAAGAAGCAAGGAAGAAUUUAUUGGAAGAGCAACCGGGCAUUGAUAACAAGACCCUCAAUUUAAAGAUUUCACUUCAAUGGAAGGAAUUGAGUGAAGAAGGAAGGAAAAUGUGGAAUGACAAGGCUGCUGAAGCCAUGGAGAUGUACAAGAAGGAACUUGAGGCAUACAACAAGACUACUGCUGCUUCUAUCUCCACUGAAGAAUGAAAUCAUGAUGUUCAAGUGCUUCUUGAACAUGUAAUAUUCCCAGUGUUUCCUUUGGGCUAGACAAGUAUUUUCUUUUCUUUAUGUCAACGUUGCCUUGAGCAGAUUUGGAAUUUAACGGCUUCAUGUCUGUGAAAUGUUUUUAUUUGAUUUGAUCGCUCACUCAAAAAAAACUGCCAUUUUCCGGACAUGAAAAAAAAAAAGAUUUUGACAUUGUUGUUACAAUGUGUUAUUAAAAUUGAGUAAUUUAAAAA